AUGGCGACCGACAAGAAGGCACCUCUGGGCUCCAUCGAGAACCCGAUCAAGUUCAGGGAUCAGGACUUCAAGACUCUCCUGGAAGGAUGUCUGAAGUCCGGAGAGCUGUUUGCGGAUCCAACCUUUGCACCUGAUCAGAAGUCCAUCGGUAUGCCGGAAGAUCCGGAUCCUAAAAGGGCGAUAAAGUGGCAGCGACCCAAGGAAAUCAGUGAGAAUGCUGUGUUUGUGGAGGGCACGACUGGGACCACUGACAUCUGUCAGGGCCAACUGGGUAACUGCUGGCUGCUAGCAUCCCUGUCCUGUCUCACCAUGCACCCCAAACUCUUUGUGAAGGUGGUGCCACCCAACCAAAGCCUGUCCAAGCCUUACGCAGGGAUCUUCCAUUUCAGGUUCUGGCAGUAUGGUGAGUGGGUGGAGGUGGUUGUGGAUGACAGGCUGCCAGUACGCGAAGGCCGUCUGCUCUUCAGCUACUCUCGCACCCGCCACGAGUAUUGGAGCGCCCUGGUGGAGAAGGCCUAUGCCAAGUUAGUCGGAUGCUACGGAAGCCUGAAGGGGGGCAACAUUUCAGAGGGGAUGGAGGAUUUCACAGGAGGCAUCGCAUACUCAAUGCAGGUCUCCUCUCGUACCCCUCGAGUCCUCUGGAGGUCUCUGACAGCCGCCCUGGCUCGAGGCAGCCUGCUUAGCUGCUUCAUCCAGGCCAGCAGCUACAGCGACAUUGGUAAAGUGACAGGAGACGGGCUGAUAAAGGGCCACGCUUACGCCAUCACCGACACCCACAAGGUAAAAAAAGCAUUGGAUGAGAUUUUGUUGCUGAGGCUGAGGAACCCCUGGGGUUUUGUUGAAUAUCGCGGACCGUGGAGUGACAAGAGUAAAGAGUGGGGUGACGUGGUCAAAGCGGAAAAGGAAAGGAUUGAUCUGAAAAAGAGAGAAGAUGGAGAGUUCUGGAUCAGUGCUGAGGACUUCAGCAGCCUGUUCGAUGUUGUGGAGCUCUGCAGUGUGAAUCCUGACACUCUUGUGGAGGAAACCACACCUGCCGCUCCUUCCUCCCCCUCUACCUGGAACAUCAGUGAACAUGAAGGAUUCUGGGUAUCGGGGAGCUCUGCUGGCGGUAGCCGCAAAUACAACAAAUCUUUCUGGAAGAAUCCUCAGUUCCAGUUGGUUCUCACGGAACAGGACCAGGCGGAAGAGGACGAUGAGGAUGAUGAAGAUGAAGAUGACGAUGACGAUGAGGAAAUAACCCCUGAAGAGAAGAAGAGAGCAGAGAAGCAGAAGGAGAAGGCCAAACAGUGCACCGUGUUGGUGGAGCUUCUGCAGAAAAACCGAAGGAAGAUGACCAAAGUCCACUUCCUCUACAUCGCUUUCCACAUCUACAAGGUUCCUGCUAAGCUUCAGGGUGUGUGUCUGAGCCGCAACUUCUUCAUGACAAAUCGCCCUGUCGGUCGCUCUGGGAAAUAUAUGGCUCAGAGGGGUGCGUGGAGGAAGCUGCAUCUGGAUCCAGGUAACUACAUCAUCGUGGCCUCCACCUAUCGACCCAACCAACCGGGAGAGUUCUUUGUCCGCAUUUUCUCCAAGACCGGAAACACUCUGGGGACUCAGGACUUCACCUGCUCCUCUGGCUUCCUCCAGGUUAUGGCUACUCCCGUCUCCCCAGAGGAUCAAGUGAGAGUUCAGAAGACGUUUGAUGAGGAGGCUGGCCCAGAUGACAGAGUGAGCGCCAAGGAGCUCAUGAAGCUGUUCAACACAGCUCUUGAGAAAGAUUACCAUCUGCCACUGGAGACGUGCAGACAGCUAAUCUUUGGAGAGGAUACUAAAGGGCGCUGCAGUCUCAGCCGUGAACAAACAGGAACCCUGCUGUCCAGUCUGCGCCAUCUGCAGUCCAUCUUUUUCCAGUUCGAUGAAGACUCUUCUGGGACCAUGAGCCCCUUUGAGCUCAGUGAUGCCCUGCAAGCUGUUGGGAUGCAGUGUGAUAACAAGGUUGUCGAGCUGCUGUCUGAGCGCUUUGCAUCUGGAGAGCUUCACAUGCCCUUCCACGGUUUCGUGUCAUGUGUCACCAGGAUGCGCAAGCUUUUUGCUCUGUAUGAAUCAGAGACCAGUCAGGAGGUGAAAGACAGAGGGAUCAACUAUUGGCUGCUUCAGUUCCUGGUGGUGUGAAGAUGCUUCAUGAAGAGGGUCUCCACAUUAGACCGAGCUGAGACACAGCAUGCUGUUGAUUCUACCACAGAGACGACUGUGUAUUUUAA